CACUGCACGGUUUUGAAUCACUGUUGGAAUGCUGCAACCAGAUCUUUCUCCAAAACCCCUUCACUCCGACCCCGCUCAUGGACCUCAGCGACGAAACCGCCAGCGCCCUCGACGUCGACCUCUCCUCGAUGCUCUCCGAACUCCACAUCACCUCCCAUCACCUUGUGACCCGCCAUCAAGAACUAGCCACGUGGCAGUCGCUGACGGCGCUCGGCAUCCAGCACGUGGGGCAGGAAGUGGACGCGCUGGAACGGCUGAAACUCGACGUAGAGGCCCAGCUCGAGGACAGGCAGACGUACGCUCGUUUUAUCGCUGAGUGUGUGAAGUUUAAAGAAGAUUUCGGUCCGUUUGUGUGCGAUGACGUGUACGCAGAAUUGAAAAACGAGAAACGGCUAACCAACCAGAUUAUCAGUACGUUGAGAAAUCAUAUCGAUCUUCUUUACGGUCAAAUCGAUUCGCUAAAAGACAUCCAUAACCACCUCUACACGAAUUUCCAAGACAAAUCCGAAGCGACUGAGAUCAUGGCGGGCUGCAUGACGCACACGAAUUCGCUGCAAAUCUCGCAAACUGGACGCAAACAGCGACCCCUCAGCUACGAUCAGUGGAAGUCCGAGUGCGACAAGAUGCAAAACACGUGUCAGAGUUUGCUGAGAAGAUCGGCGAGCCUGCGCCAAAACGUCCAGUUCACGUUGACAAAUUUGCGAAAUGCGUGCGGUCGCCAGUGGUCGAGCACGAACCGGGCCAUGAGGAGACGGACCCACGACAUGCGAAAGAAGGAGGAGCAGACGCGUUGGAAGCUGCAGCACGCACAAAACGAAAUGGACGAGCUUCAGAAGACGCUGUGGAAGGUGAUGGAGCAAAUGAGGAACUGCGAAGCGAGAGCCUGCGAAAACGCAAAUAACAUUGAUGCUCUGAAUAAAAGAAAACACAACGAACUGUGUAACGAUCAAGCGCACAACAGUCUGAUGUUACAAAAGUACAAUUUAAGCUCCAUAGCGACUGGGCUGGAGAGGAUGCACAGGCAGGUCCACGCCAAGCUAGAGGUGGCGAGAAGGUGUGUCUCGGCGAUACAAAGAGAGCUAGAGGAGCAAGGGAGGGCUCUGCAGGCACAAUGCAAGUGUCAGGACAUGUACCAGAACAUUCUACCACUGCAUGGGGCUUCAGUCUGACCAGCGAACGACAGGACA